AUGGAGUUCGCCGGCUUGCACAUGGUCAAGCAUUCCUUUUCUGGUGUGGCCAUGUUUGCCCCGCUCCCAGGCAGUUCAGCCAAGAAUGCAGCUCGACAUGCCUACGAGGCCUACCAACAUCAUCUGACGCACUCCAAGGCAGCCUUCGGAGACGCACGCCACAUGACCUUCAUACAAUGGCUGCGUCGAUAUCGAGUGGUGAGCACAGAAGGUAAGAACUUCUCCAUUGCCAUCAGAAAUGCUGCAGGCCCCGCCAAAGGCAAAGCAUGUGGAGUGGCGAUGUCCUUCCCCUUCGAGUUGCUCGACAUAUUCAUCGGCGCCUGGGCCGCUUCGUGCAUGGAAGGCAUGCUAGAAGAGCGUCUGUUACCUGACAUCGACAGUGACCUCAACAUACCCGGGUUCGAGAUCGAAUCAGCACGCAGAAGGGCCUUCCGAGCCCCAGAAGGAUGUCGGUAUCUCAAGGCCGUGCUUUCCCUGGAUGAUUUCCAACAGCCUGGCCCUCUCACCGACAAGUUCGCGCCGGACGUCGGCAAGUUCUUAACCCACGUAGAACGAGAACUUACCUUUCGAGGACUUGGAGCAGAUCGCAUCGCGACAUUCAAGGCCAGGGUCCAUGCCUGCGCCUUGCUCCUCUACCAGAUCCGCGACGGAGCAGAAGACCAACUAGAGGUCUUGAAGAUCAUCCGCCACGGCACAACCGUGAGCGAUGCAGCCACGGCCCAAACGACCAACCGGCUGCUCCAGGUGGGCGGCGGGCCCGGCACCGGCAAGACGGAGGUGGUCAUCGCCGCCGCUAAGCAAGCCUUGGAAGAUGGCUGCCGCGUGUUGAUCGCGGGUCCCAUCGGUUUGCUCGUGUCGAUGUACAGGCUUCGACUUCCAGCCAACGACAACCUGACGAUGGAAACGAUUCACUCCGCUUUCCAGCUGGUUCGAGAAGCCGACGCAGCGUACGUGCCUCCUGGAAGACUUCGAAAAUACGAUCUUAUCAUUCUGGAUGAGGUCAGCCAGAUCGAUGCCGAAUCAUGGUCCAAACUCAAGACUGCCCUGGGAGAGCUCAAUCCGGGACCGAUGGUGGUCUUUGUCGGUGACUUCCAGCAACUGCAGCCGGUAGCUGGCAAGCCUCUACUACAACAGGAUCUCAAUCGCCAGGUAGAAUUAGGUAAGCUGCCUAUGAUAGAGCUCCGACACCACGCACUAGCACGAUCCGUAGACCCGGUGAUGUUGGACUUCUUGAACCUUGCCCGCGUGAGCCAGCCCUCCCGUGAAACGCUUGAAAAGUUUUUCGGUCACAGAGUCUGGUCUUCAAAUCUUACGGAAGCAGCGCAGAAGGCUCGCGAGGUGGAGCGCGCCAACGGUCGACCCUUCACCUUCCUGACAGUCACCAACCGGGGAGCGGCCAACGUCAACCUUGCAAGGCUGCAAUUGGAGUUUCCCGACGAAGCCAGCAAGCUAGCCGAAGGUGGAGGCAUUCCUGCAGAGCUGGGAACAGUGGUCCUAGCACCUGGAAUGAGGAUACGCCUGACGUACAACGUUGACAAAGAGAGAGGCUUCGUCAACGGCAACAGCGGGGUGGUGCGUGCCGUGCUGCGUCCAGACGUCUUCGUGCUGCAGAGUGUCCAGGAUUUACCCAUCUUGGUACAUCCAAUCACCCUGAAAGGUCGAAAAUACCUCCCCGUAUCCUACGGGUGGGCCACAACCAUGCGCCGAGCUCAGGGCGCGACUCUCGAGCAGGUCGCCAUCUGGUUUGAUAGAAGGCUGGCCGACAGAGGAUAUGCGUAUGUUGGCAUCUCCAGAGUUAAGCUUCACCAAGAUGCCUUCCUAGUUGGAAGAAUCCGUCGCACAGAUUGGCUACCUGUAGGCGGCUCUGGCGAUCAACAGCAUCUGUCCGUUCUCAGUGAAAGCUCAGACGAGGAGGCAGACGGCUUGUCCGAGAGUGAGCUGAGAUCCCCCGACAGCGAGUCUUGUGAGCCAGAUUGCAGUCCAGAGUCAGACGAGGAAGUAGAGGGCCCGUCCGAAAGUGAGCUAAGAUCCCCUGACAGCGAGUCCUGUGAGCCUUGA